AUUUUAUAUAAAUUUUGAUUCACCUUAAAAAUAGGCUACGUUUGAUCGUACUUCACUUUCAAUGAUAUAUUGCCUUUCGAAUACAAAACAAAGUCAUAGAAACUUCUGUGCGACAUUUCGAAUUCUGGAUAACAUAACGCGUCACGAAUUACGAGUUACUCACUACUGAAAUCCAGUUCUGGUUACCAAACUGCUUAAAUUCCACUACUAUAUCAAUGUUCAGUGUUGUUAACUUCCUUUAAUAAUUUAAGUGAAUUUUAUCACCCAAGGAUACAUAUAGUUUGCAAUAACAUAAUACCAAUGAAACGAUACGGUUAUGUAAUAAUUUUUCAACUUUGGAAAUUUAACUUCUAAUGCCUUGCCAAGUACUUAAAAGAGAGGGAAAAUAGUAGUUUUACUAUUUAAAACAGUUAUUUUUGAACAAUCGUACGAUGUAGCUGAGCUUAUUUAUAAUUUUGCUGACAGCGUUGUUACUAAUACUGAUUUUUCUGGAUCUUGAUUCGUGUGUACAGUUAAUUCGAAAACAUUUUUCAUAAUAACUUUUACUACUGUGUUUUUGAGGCUUUACAGUUUCUUACUGAUUUAAGGCCAUGGAAUUUCACUUGAGUUUUAAGUUCUUGUGUUUAUACUAUAUACUUUGGCUGAUUGUGUGGUUUGUGAUUAGAACUAAUUUCGGUGGGUCAGUAAGAAUAGAUGAUGAGAUAAUCUAAAGUACUAGUUUAAUGGCAUAAAUGUUUUGGGCAGACUGUACUUAAACAUGUAUCCUAUUUCUAUCGCAUAUUGAUUCGGAACGUGUUAUUAAAUUGUAGAACAGUAUGCUUAGGUAUGAUACCAUUGAAAAGUUGCUUUGGUUUAUGGUCUCUUAGUAAGAUUCGGGGUAUAAAGAUACUGAAGUGAUGUUACGUGAGCCAAAAGGUAUUUAUAUGAAAAUAUUUGUUCCGAUAUUUAAAACAAAACUGUUUAGAUAUUUUAGUAGUGAGUUGUUUUAAGCUACGAAUCUCUAAAUGAUCUACUUUACCCUCAUAAAAUCAAUCCCAAACUCUGGUUACGUUUCCUCUUUUGAUAAGUUUUAGUCCAUGUAUUGACAUGUUGAAUCGGUGUAAUAGACACAAAAAUACGUUUGUGCCAGCUUAUUAUCCACUCACGUUUUUUGUUCUUAAAGAGGAGCGGAGCUAAAGAGAGAUAGCUGUUGGUUGAUUACUUUUUGUAAAAGCCUUCACGGUGGCGCUUUGGCACAUAUAAAACUAACAUAAAAUGUGAGAGUUAUGGAGGGCUGGAAAAUGACGUCAAAAUUGUGAAUGAUACAUUAGACCAUGAAAAGUAUAAUUCACGAUAAAUAGCAAAUUUAUCUGCACAGAUAGAGUUUGUUUUAUUUUAGGCAAGUAACUGCCGAUGUGCGUUUAUUAUAAAAUACAAAACUUUAAAUACAUGUUUACCUAUAUAGAUUGAACUAACAACACUAGUUUAUUUGAUCAUCUUGAAAUGUAUUAGAUCCUAAUUUCCCACAUAUAUUAUAAACACAUAUUUAUCAAUUUGGAGUUAGUUUCUCAACCGUUUUAAAGUGAUUGUAAAUGUUUUUAAACUGAAAAUUUAUUCUAUGGUAGAAUUAAUGUUACAAUGAACAAAACAGAAUGGAGACCUGAAAACACGGUAGUUUGUAUUGACGUUGAAAACCGCUCACGAUAUCCAGCAAACGAACAGCUGGGGCACAAUGUUAUAGUUAAAGAGUUAAAAAGUAAUACAUUGAAAUCCGUUAUUGCAACCUCAAAUUCAUUCUCCGAUGUUCGUUCAAGUUCAAUUCGCAAUGAAUCGAAAAAUUAUAUGUCUUCAUUCAAAUUAACAACUGCACAAUAUUUUUCUACAACUAUCAGAAAACAUCAUAAAUGUGUACAAAUGGCUAUGAAAAGUAAAGAUAUGACAAAAGCUAUGCAUCAUAUUGAUCAAUGCAUCAAAUUAGCGCCACACAACGCUAAGUUUCUUAUAGAACGCUCUGGAAUUUAUAUCAAGCUAUUAGCUUAUCAGCAUGCAAUAAGCGACCUACACUUGGCCAUAUCUUUAGGGUCAAAUACACUAGACACUAUGUCAGUCAAUCGAGAUUUAACAAACGCUGCUUUGGAGUCACCAUCUAUCAUGUCUGUAAGUUUGGAUCGUAUGGAAUAUGAAAAUGCUUUAUUGAUGACUGGUCAGCUUCACAUAGUUCAUGGAAAGAAUUUAAAAGAUGAAGGAAAAUUGGAAGAAGCCCUGAAACAAUAUGAGUUAGGCAGAAACUUCAUUGAUCAAUAUGCUCAGAUGAAAGACUUAAUUACUAACUCAUCUAUCACACCAGGAACAUUGGUAACAUUGAUGGGUGUUUUACAAGUUUAUGAAUCAAUGAAACGUAAUGAUGACUAUGUGGAUUUGAUAACAAAAUGUAUAAAUAAUUUGGAAAGUGAAAAUAUGGAAAUUCCAGAGGAAAUACUAAUGGGAGAUCCUAUCUUAACCUCGAGACUAUAUUUACCUCAGUUAUCCGAUCUACUAUAUGCACGAGCUAACCUAUUAUCGAAACAAAAUGGUCAGUCAAUAAUACAAGCCUAUUAUGAUUUGAAAAAAGCAUUACGUUAUUGCCCAAAUCACUUAGAAAGUUACAACUUAUUACAUCAACUUGAAACUAUAUCCUCCAAUAAACAAGAGGAAGCUGUUGAAUUAAUGUUGAAAAAUCGUUUCUUCGAUUCAUUACAUUCAAUCACUAUAGCGAUUUAUGCCCAACCAGAGAAUAUUUCUUUAUAUUUUGAUAAAGGAGCAAUCCUAAGGAAACUUGACAGAUUAACCGAGUCUUUAGACUGUAUUAUGCAAGGAAUAAAUUUAUUCAAUACAUGGAAUGAUACUGAUAAGAAGAAGUCAGCUGAUCUGUACCAAUUAGGGAGAAAUCAAUUAUUUCUUACCAUGAGCUUUUAUGCAAUAAGACUAUUAAAACAAGAGAAAUACCAAGAAUCAAAUGAAUUAACUCGUCAACUCUUGGAAGUGGAUCCUAAAAAUUAUAGAUUAUUGAUUUUAUCUGCUGACUGUCAAUAUUUUCUGAAUAAUUAUGAAAAAUCACUUGAAGAAUAUGAAAACGCAAAGUCAGUAAUUAGUAAACUAUUGACCGAUUCUGGUCAUUGCAUUUGUGAUAACAAUGUGAUGAAAAUUCCCGAAAGUAUUAUUUCAAUCAAUGGAAGAAUCUGCUUAGCUUGUUACCAGUUAAGUAAAAGUAGAAUUAAACAAAGUGACUGGUCAAAUGCAAUAAAUUAUUUAGAUCGCUGUAUUCGUUUAGCACCAUUUCAAUCAGAAUUUUACAUGACACGUGCACUAGUUCAUUAUCAAUCAAAUCAUACUAAGCAUUCGUGGAAUGAUAUAUUAAUUUUCGUUUAUUUGAAUUUAAGUGACUGGGCAUUGUGUCAAAGAACAAACGGUAAAUGGCCUAUAUAUCCAAUGUGGUAUCAAACUAUUGUACAUAAUCGAUUCCUCAGUCAAGUUAAUGAACAAAUCGGUCCAUUAAUUCAUCGUCUCACACCAAAAUAUAUUGAUUUGGUAAAAGUUGCGAAUUCUAAAGAAUGUGAACUGUCUUUACUAAAGAAUUUACGAAGAAUAAUUAAUGAAAACAAAUGUGCUGCAUGUCAGAGAGCCCGUAAUGCUUCAACUACUAAAAUUACCUUUCCUACUAAUGGUAAUCAACAGACGUUAGAAAAUCCGAUUGAUUGGUUAAAUAAUCAUGUGUGGUUUAAUUUAUUUUCAGAGCCUAAGGAUGACAAUGUUAUUAAAAUGCGUUUCGGAAAUGCAGAUGAUAUUACUCAAAAAACAUUCACUGAUGUACGUGAAGAUGACUACAAACAAAUCAAUGCCAAAAUUAAAGAAAUUCGUCAAAAGAAUUUUGUCAGACAAUACAUGUACACAAAAUGAACUCCAUUAUUUUAAAUGUAACAGAAUACUGUGAUGACCAACUUGGUUGUCAUUAAUUUAUUAUUCUUUCUGUAAGACUAUCACUUUGAUGUUUCUAGAUUUUUGUUUAUUUGUAUGUCCCUUUUUAGUCUUCGUCUUAUUCACAGCAAAACUAGUGGUUUAUUUCUCAAUUUUUAACAGUAAACUUAUUUCUUAAACAAUCAAACGACAUCGAAGUUUUUUUGACGAGAUAACUGUUGCUAAAUCACAAGGUCCUACAAAUUAUCAAUUAUGACAAACUAUUAAAUACUUUAAAUCCUGGUUUAAAUAUAGCUGAUAUUUGUAUGCGAGAUGUACUCACAAUUAACGCGCAGCCUGGGUUCCCUUCCCAUGCCUUCAACCACCUAGCAUCAAAUAAAAAAUACUCCAACGUGGUGCAAUUCGGAUUGGUUGGAAUACAACUCGAUCGAUUAGACAAUAACAUUGAGUAUAUAAAUUACAUUCUAUAUUGUACCAAAAUAUAAUAUUUAAUAAAGC